GCCAAGGGUUCCAAAUUGGCAGCCGCAUCACUGCAGCUUGACGUCCCCAUCUCCAGGUUGAGAACAGAGCGGAUUCUUUUCGAUAUUGAGCUACAUCACGACCAACAUUCUCCCAACUUCACGUCUGGCACCUUUAUCCAUCACAUUCGCCCAUAUCAAGUAUCCAGGCCCAAACGGAUCAGAAAUCCAGCUGCAACAAUGAAGGCCUUUCUGCAGGGAAGGUCGAGCCAGCGCAAAGGCAGCGAUAGCGCGGGCCGGAUCGAGACACAAGACAUGAAGCCGCCAAAACACCAAGAAUCUCAUAUGAAGACUGUGCCUGUCUCUAGCUCGGGAUCGUCGAAAAAGGCGCUCAACAAGUUGUUCCAGAGGUCUUCAAGCAGCGGCGCCCCGGCAACACCAUCUGUGGAUGCCGGCUUGACUGCUCCGUCGGGGUCCUUCGUUGCGCCGUCGGCGCAGCCGCAGCCGCAAUACUGGCCUGCGCAGGGACAAGAGCAGCAGCAGCAACAACUACAACUACAGCAGCAGCAGCAGCAGCAGCAGCAGCAGCAGUAUGCGCCGGCCACUACGGCGUUCUACCCAAGGCCAGUCGAUCAGGACCAGCAUCUCGGUAGCCAGAGCGUUGUUCCUCUGUUUGCGGACUCGGCCUCUAUCCAGCGGGGCAUGGAGCUACAUGGGGAGUCUGCCAUGAUUCAUCCGGCGCCACUGCCCUCCCAGACCACGCAAUAUAAUGCUCCCCAAGGCCAGAUGCCUCAGCUUCCCCCUGUCACGGCGGCGGGCCCUCUUGAGCUGCCCGUCCAGCAUCGCGCCACGCCAAUGACGGCGCCCUAUCUCGGCACACCUCUGACUCUCGAUCCCCGCCAGAGCUGGAAGCCCAGCGACAGGUCACCCAUGACUGUGGCUCCACCGGCACCGGCCGAACUGCAAGUUGUCCCUGUUUCCGUGACCGUCUCAAACGUGUCUGGCAGGCCGGCUACUUCGACAGAGCAGAUGCCUCACCGGGAAAGGACACUGCCGGUGGCCUCGGAAAGCACCUUGAAGCUGGUGCCCAACAUAGCCCCGCUGAAGACCAACAAGCGACGGUCUGUGCCACCCCGGGCGAGCUCGGACGGCAAGGUCAUGGGCAUGAAUAGCUUCAAGAACACCGAGGGAGAGCCGCUAUCUCGGGCCACCACGAGCGGGAGUGACGGGGCAGUCGUGGGCGCACCGGCCGCAAGUCACUUCCGAAACGUGGGCCCGGGAGGGAACGAGGCGGAAAUGGCAUCCCGAGUCGAGGCCGGUGGCUCCCAGGAGCCUCAUGUCGAGAGCCGGCUGCCUGCCCAGAGCGCCACUACGAGACCGCCACAGGAGCUGGCGGCAACCACCGAGAGCGGAGGAGCCCCAGGCGGGGUGGCAUCGAGGCCAUCGACGGCAGGCGGCACGACCGCGAGCGAAUCCGAGUCUGCACUGGAGAAAUAUCAUCAGCCACAGAUGCCAGUGGCUGGUGCUGGUGCCGACAACAAUUUUCCCCAGCCACAUAUUGCCAGCAGCCAGCAGAUGCAAAGUCCCUACUAUCUGCCAGAUGGAGAUGCACUGUUGGGACGAGCGGCAGAUGCUGCCUCUGCUGGUGCCGCCAGGACGGGCCCUGCAGACAGCCAUGGGAACGCGCCGGCUGGCUACAAGGCCUUCAAACCACCCACAACGUCGGAACGCCCCAGCCGCGACGUCCGGAUCCAGCAGAUGAUCCUACAGCACAGGCCCGAAUUCGUUACUGGCGGUGAUGGGGCCGUGGACUGGGUCGAGACUCUGGUGGCCUUUGUGCCAACGUUGCUGGAAAAAGCAAGAGGACAGAGCACGCAAGGUCCGGGAGCAGAAGCGUACAACGCUGUCGGGAGCCGGAGCGCAAGCAGUGGACGAGGGGGCGUCCAGGGCGGCCGGGCAGAGAGACAGCUGCGGGACGAGCUGGCCGCCCUACAAAAAACGGUGGCGUCACUGGAGCAGGAAAAGGGAAGAUUACAAGAUGAUCUUCGCUACUUCAAAGCCAAGGCCACCAAGCGGGGCGAGGCCAUCCGAGAGCGGGACGACGUCAUCCGGGACCGCGAAGACGAGAUAGCCGAGCUGAAGAAGUUCAUGGGCAGCAAGGUCUCGGAUCUGAAGCGCGACUGCGACGACGCCGCCGCGAGGCUGUCGCGCGCCGAUGCGGACAGGGCCGCGCUGCAGUCGAGCCUCGCCCAUGCGAGACACGAGACCGAGUCCCAGAAGGCGCAGUACGCCGGUCUGGCAGAGAGCCUCGGGAGGGAAGUGAACAAGUACAAAGGCAUGAGCGAGCAGUGGGCGCAGGCGCUGAACGACGAGAGGGCAGAUUUCCAGACCAGGCUCACGACCCUGGAGAGGACGCAGCAGGAAAACCUCGCCAAGCAGAAGGCGUCGUACGACACGGCGGUGCAGCAGCUCAACCACAAGUUCGUCGAGGAGCUCAAGAGGGUGCAGAUGGACCACGCGGCGUCGGUGGAGCGGCUCAACAGCAUCAUCGCGAACAUCGGGUCAAAGCACCAGGCCGAGGUGGAGGAGUCCAGGAACAAGCACGCGUCGGAAAUGCAGGACCUCAAGGCGCAAAGCACAAAGGCCGUGGCGGACCUCAAGUCCAAGUUCGAAAAGGAGACGCGCGGGCUGCGCAACCGCAUGGCGGCCUACAGCACGGGCACGUACACGGCCAUCCCGGACAGCGACCUGGUCGUGUCGCUGCGGCGGCUCGUGCAGGACAUCAGCAACCUCAGCCUCUACGUGCCGCAGCCCGCCGGCUACGUGCCCAGCCCCGAGGCGGACCCGGGCAACCACGUGGCGCGGUCGCUGGCCCGCGGCACCGGCGCCGCCACGUGGCCGCGCUUCGUCCAGAGCGUCUGCUGGACCGUGGUGCUGCGCGGCUUUUUCAGUCUGCCGCUGGGCUUUGGCGCGCUGGGCUGCCAGGGGCUUGGAUACGAGAUCAUGGCGCCGCUGUUUGAGAUGUUUAUCGGGAAGGACAUGAGAGCCCACGAAGACCUGCCCGACAUCUUCCCCGAAGACAAGGAAACGAACGUGGCCCGGGCCUGGCUCAUGGCUGGCAUCCUCCGCGACGUCGCUAAGCGCGACGCCAGCCAUCCCGAGAACGGGCCCGUGCUGGCGAGCAUCUUCGAGGACAACGCGCGGCUGGUGUCGCGCGAGCUGACGGCGCAGCUGCAGCACGUCAGCAACGGCGGGCUCGACCCGGGAGCCGAGGCCCAGGUGGGCGGCGUGGUGCGCGCCGUCGGCGUCUUCGCGCUCGAGAUGGGCUCGCAGCGCGCCCAGGUGGCGCUGGAGAAGUGCGACUACGGCGAGGUCGUCGCCCUGGGCGAGCGUUUCGGCGACGCCAAGGGCGGCGGCGGCGGCGGUGACGGCUGCGGCGACUGGGAGCGCGUCCAGGUGGACUUGCUCACGCAGCCGUGCCUGAUCAGGAAGGGGGACGGGCGCGAGGAUGUGUCGACGCUCAAGGUCAUUGUCAAGGGCGACAUCAUAUCCCUGUAGUGUAGCAUACAUGCGUGCUUGGUAUCCGGGGUACAUGGUGGUGCCCGGGUGGGUUUCUGGUCUGGCCAUCUCCAAUGGGAGGCACUUUAGGGAGGGUGUACGCCGGAACCAUCUGCAACUUUUAGCGUUCAAAAAGGAAACGGCCAGUUAAUUAAAGCACCUUCAUGAACACCUUCAU